AAAGCAAAGGUGGAGGUGGAUGUGGUGCUAAUUGUGUAUUCAUUUCUGAAUGAUACAGAUCGAUCAAUGAUAUUAAAAGCAGAGGCCCAUAGGUGCGAUGGGAACAGAGAUUCUAAUGCUCAUUCGCAUUCGGAUUCCACCAUCAACUGGCAUAACAAGCAAGCAGCAGCAGCGGCAGCAGCAGCUCAGCCUCAUUUUCAUCUUGCAUUUUCAUUUUGAAUGCUUUGUGGGGCCCUUCAUGAUCCAUUCUUCUUUGCUUGCAGCUUUUGCAGCCUCUGAAGCCAUGGCUGAUACUAAAGGAGAUACUCCCAUGUCUUCAAUGUUCUGUAGAAGGAAUCCCUUAAGACUCAUCAUUCAGGGGCUGUUGCUGUUCUCAUUGUUGAGGUUGAAUUAUGCAUCCACGGAUCCUGAUGUGGAAGGAGAAGCUUUGGUUGAUUUGUUAGGGGCACUUAAUGAUUCCAAUCAUCAAAUAACUGAUUGGAACUAUCACUUAGUAAGCCCUUGCUUUAGUUGGUCGCAUAUUACCUGCCGAAAUGGAAACGUUAUAUCAUUGAGCUUGGGUUCAGCAGGAUUUUCAGGAUCACUCUCUCCUUCAAUUACAAAACUCAAAUAUUUGGCCAGUCUGGAUUUGCAGAACAAUAAUAUAGCUGGUGUUCUACCAGAUUAUCUAGCUAACAUGACCCACCUACAGAAUUUGAAUCUUGCUAAUAAUAACUUCAAUGGCCCCAUCCCUGCAGCUUGGGGUCAACUUGCUGGUCUAAAGCAUCUGGAUCUCUCAGAUAACAACUUAACAGGAGAAGUUCCAGCUCUAUUCUUUUCAAUUCCAAUGUUCAACUUUUCAAGAACUGGUUUAAACUGUGGCUUUAGGUUGGAUAAACCUUGUGUUUCGACCUCUCCCCAUCGAGCUUCUGUAAAGAAUUCUAAGGUUGGGGUAGUGGCAAGUACUGCAAGCUGUGGGGGAUUCAUUCUUCUGUCAAUUGGUGCCUUCUUUGCUUAUAGAUGCUUCUACAUGCAUAGGCUUAAGGAUUCCAUGUUUGUUGAUGUUGCUGGUGAAGAUGAAUGUAAACUUUGCUUUGGGCAAAUCAGAAGAUUUUCAUUGCGGGAAAUCCAGCUUGCGACCGAUAACUUUAACGAGACGAACAUCAUUGGCCAAGGAGGGUUUGGAAAAGUAUAUAAAGGCAUCCUCUCAGAUGCCUCCAAGGUGGCUGUGAAACGGUUAACUGACUACAAUAGUCCUGGUGGGGAGGCUGCAUUCCUAAGAGAAGUUCAACUAAUAAGCGUUGCAGUGCAUAGAAAUCUCCUCCGGUUGAUUGGUUUCUGCACGACUACGUCUGAGAGAAUCCUUGUUUAUCCAUUCAUGCAGAAUCUUAGCGUGGCUCAUCGCUUGAGAGAUUUAAAACCAGGAGAAAGAAGCUUGGACUGGGCCACGAGAAAACAGAUAGCCUUUGGUGCAGCUCAUGGUUUGGAGUAUUUGCAUGAACACUGUAAUCCUAAGAUCAUCCAUCGUGAUCUGAAGGCUGCAAACAUAUUAUUAGAUGACGACUUCGAAGCUGUUCUUGGAGAUUUCGGAUUAGCCAAGCUAAUCGAUACUAAAGUAACUCAUAUUACCACUCAAGUGCGCGGUACAAUGGGUCAUAUCGCCCCGGAAUACUUGUCCACUGGUAAGUCAUCUGAAAAGACUGAUGUUUUCGGAUAUGGUAUCACCCUUCUUGAGCUUGUCACCGGUCAGCGCGCAAUAGAUUUCUCCCGUCUCGAAGAGGAGGAAGACGUUCUUCUACUCGAUCAUAUAAAGAAGUUGCAGAGGGAGAACAGGCUUGAAGAUGUUGUGGACAAGAAUUUAACGAGCUACAACGAGAAAGAAGUCGAAAACAUAGUUCAGGUGGCGUUGCUUUGCACUCAAGGUUCACCGGAGGACCGGCCGACAAUGGCGGAAGUUGUGAACCUACUACAUGGAGAAGGGCUAGCAGAUAGGUGGGCAGAGUGGAUGCAGCUUGAAGAGGUAAGAGAUCAGGAGGUGUCCCUUCUUUGUCACCAAUUUGUUUGGGGAGAAGAGUCAAGUCAUGAUCAAGAAGCCAUACAGUUAUCUAAAGCCAGAUAGAAAGGGAAAGAAGCCAUUGACAUUCUCCAUUUUUGAAAAGGUGAUCAGUGUUGUUGUUCUGCUGUAUAUAAGGUUAUUGGUCGGGGAGCUGGAAACCUAGGACAGAGUAGCUCUGUGUUGUCUGGCCCUCACUGUUGGCUGCAUGUGUGUCUGAAAAAACAUUGAGCAGAUGGACAUGUCGUUGUGAAUUGUGAUAGCAAGAACUUUAGGAAACAAUAUAUAGAUAUGGUGAGCUUGUGAGACUGCUAAAAGUAGCAUUCUAUACAUAUAAUACUUUGUUUUUGUAUG